AUGAACGGUUUGCUUAAAAAUGAACUUAAAUUGAUAAAAGAGAUGUUGAACAAUAACAGUGCAAAAUUAGAUAGCCUUGAUAGACCUGAUAGCAAGUUAUCUGCCGAGAUCAACACAUUCAAAAGUGAUUUGAAAUCUUUUUUUGCUACUGUUGUUGGCCAAGAGGUGAAGAAAAACAUUGAGUGUGUCAAUCUGGAAGUUAAAACGAGUCAGAGGUCCAGUGGGAAGAUGGCGAAUUGUGAAGCUCAAAAAUUAACUGAUGAGGGUGUUGUUGAUGAGAGGGCCAGUCGGAGGAUGAUUCAUGUUACAGCUCAAAAAUUAACCAUGAAAAAUUACAAUGAUUUAAAAAUUGGCCUGGGACUCCUCAACAUAAGAUCUAUAAUGUCAAAGUAUGAAAUGGUGUGUGAUAUAAUUCGAGGAGAAUUUGAUAUUCUUGUAUUAACCGAAACAUGGCAUGGGUCGUCAGAUGAGUUCGCUGUUCGACGCGCGAUGCCCCCUGGUUAUAAGUUUGUAGAUUACGUUAGACCUCACGAUCCAUAUCAUGGCGGAAUUAUAAUUUAUUUCAAGAAAGAGUUUAUUUAUAAACCUGUUGAAUUACCCGCCGUAAUAACUUUUGAAGCUGUUGCAAUUAAAUUGAGAGUAAACAAAUCUGAUUUUAUUUUGUUAUCAAUUUAUAGACCUGGAUUGGUUCCUCCUUCACCAUCGUUCUUUUCAGAGCUAGUUUAG